AUGGGGUUCGAGAAAGCGGGGACUGAGAGGAAGCUGCAACUACAAGAACUGGAGUGCCUUCGCCUAGAAGCCUAUGAGAACUCCAGGCUAUACAAAGAGAAGGUGAGGGCUGUGCAUGACAAGAAUAUCAAGCGAAGAGAGUUCAGACAUAGGGAGUUAGUCUUCUUUUACAAUUCCAGGUUGAGACUCAUGCUUGGAAAGUUGGGAUCUAGAUGGGAAGGCCCCUACAGAAUAGAAAAGGCUGAGGCAUAUGGCAUCGUCCACUUGAGUCACCCUUCAAGCCCUAAUACCCUCAAGGUCAAUGGGCACCGCUUGAAGCUCUACCAUGGUGAGAAGAUGAAAGACAACAAGGAGCUGGAGAUCCUCCUCUUGGUGGAUCCACCCACAGAAGUAGAUUGA